UUGACUAUUUGGUGGUUAAUGGAAGUUGACAGAAGGGAAGAUGGGAAAGUGCAAUGGCUGUAUUACAAGAAUAUACUAAAGCGAAUCAAAACAACAUAAAAACUAACGGACAUGCAUUCGGAAUAAUAAAAAUAAGGUGCCCUAGUCCCACAAUGUCGACUGAUAGUGAAGACAUGGACAUUCAGCAAGAACUACGGAAUAUAGAGAAUGUGAUAAGUUUAACGCGAACGAACAUUGAUGCCUUAAAUGCAAAAUUUGCCGAUUUUCAACAUCCUCCGGCUAUGUACUUAAAAGAGUAUGAAGAUUUGACGUCUAAAUUACACGAACUCGAAGCAGAAGAAAGACGUUUGUUGGAGCAGCUGAGUAAUGGGAAAGAAAGUCCAGAUUUAAGUGAAUCCAAGUAUGAACACUACAAUACUCCCUCGCAAAAUAAUACACUGAAGAGGCCUAAGACGUUUUUGCGUGCCCAUUUACCGAACCAACAGAGGACUAGUGUGCAAGUGCGUGAAAAUCUGACAUUACGUGAAGCACUGGCCAAAGCAAUGAACCUUCGAAAUCUUAUUUGUGAAAUGUGUGUAGUUUACAUGGGGAGUUCGAAUAUUCCGGUGAAUUGGGACGUGGACAUUAGUACUCUUGAAUGUGAUGAAAUUACAGUUAAAAUAUUAGACAAGUUUCCAAUUCCCACAAGUAUUUCCCAUAAUUUUGUAAGGAAGACAUUCUUUUCACUUGUGUUCUGUGAAUGCUGUCGUAGGCUGCUUUUUCAAGGGUUCCACUGCAGAACCUGUGGAUACAAAUUCCAUCAAAGAUGUGCAAGUGGUGUUCCAUCUUUAUGCCAUCAAGUUCGAAUGACUGAUGCAUAUUAUCGUGCUUUAUUAGCGCGACCAUCUGAUUCAAGUGCUGGAAUUCUACAUCCUGGUCAAGCAGCAUUACAUUUAACUCAUACACGUCAGCCCCGCCAUCCAGGCACUUUGGGACAGCACGACCGAUCCAGUUCAGCGCCGAAUGUUUGUAUAAAUAACGUAAGGGGUGGUGCCGAAGACGUUCCAAGAUCUUUGUCGUUAAAUAGAGCAGGUGAAGGGGGUUCACCUCCCCACUGUAGAAGCACUCAAGCAUCUCCAACUAGUUGCUUGCAACCUCGACGGCCCCGAGCGAGAUCUGCUGACGAGAGCAAGCCACUUUUAGCCCCUCGAGAGAGCAUUGAGGACUGGGAAAUACCUGCUGACGAGAUCCUUGUAGGUCCCCGAGUGGGAUCGGGUAGCUUUGGGACCGUGUACAAAGCUCACUGGCAUGGACCUGUUGCCGUCAAGACGCUCAACGUUAAAAUACCAACAGCAGCCCAGCUACAAGCUUUUAAGAAUGAAGUUGCAGUUUUACGAAAGACAAGACACGUUAAUAUACUUCUUUUCAUGGGUUGCGUGAGCAAACCACAACUCGCCAUAGUCACACAGUGGUGCGAAGGUUCCAGUUUGUAUAAGCACUUGCACGUUUUCGAAACAAAAUUCGAACUGUUCACCCUCAUAGAGAUUGCACGUCAGACUGCGCAAGGAAUGGACUAUUUGCACGCAAAAAAUAUAAUACACAGGGACCUGAAAUCCAAUAAUAUAUUCUUACACGAUGAUCUGACGGUUAAAAUUGGCGAUUUUGGUCUGGCCACGGCGAAGACGAGAUGGUCAGGAUCGCAGCAGUUUCAUCAACCGACUGGUUCCAUUCUGUGGAUGGCUCCUGAAGUGAUCAGGAUGAAAGAAGACAAUCCCUAUAGUUUCCAGUCGGAUGUUUACGCUUUUGGGAUUGUUUUGUUCGAAUUGCUUGCAGGCCAAUUGCCCUACAGUAAUAUAAAUAAUAAGGAUCAGAUUCUUUUCAUGGUGGGGCGAGGUGCUUUAAAGCCAGACCUAAACAAACUCAGAUCGGAUACUCCUAAAGCAUUAAGGCGGCUAACUGAAGAUUGCAUCAAAUUUACGAGAGACGAGAGGCCAUUGUUUAGACAAAUCCACGCAUCCCUUGAAGGUUUCUUGCGAAACCUACCAAAAAUUCAUCGGUCGGCAUCAGAACCCAACAUGAAUCGUACCCAGCUACAGUCAGAUGACUUUAUAUACACGUGCGCCAGUCCCAAGACGCCUGUUAAUUUUGGGCCAUCCAGCAAUUUCCUGUUCUAUUCGUCCGGUGCCGGGAACAUUUAAGGACUUUCAACCGGCAAAAGACUACUAAAUUGGUAAAAUAAAAGCUAUUUUUAUUUGCGCAGGAAACCAAUACUAUGUGGUACUUUAGCUUUCCAACUUUGUUCACAUAUUAAUAAUCAGGUGACGCCACACCUAAUUUACUAUUAUGGUGUUUUUACAAAAAAAAAGCACCGUUAGUAAAAUUCCUUGCAUUCAUGAAACCACACUGAUGUAAAUUGUUCAGUAAACGUUUAAGGUUUCAUAUAAAAAUAUCAAUUAAUUUCCUCAUUAUUACAAUUAUCUCAAAAAUAUAAUUUAUUUUACGUUUAAACUA